CAUUGGCGGCCUGGAUCCGGAUGAUGAAAAUCGCGUCAUACUCUCGAGAAAGCCUCAAUGGCAAGCUAUGGAAGUCGAGAUCACGAUAUGCAGAGAUCAAGCAUGAUUUAUUCGAGUCGCCAUCGGACAAGGAGCUGCUCGAGUCGAAAGCGGGGCUCGACACGCAAAGGCUGCAGAGGGAGCUACGGCGAUGCAUGAAAGAGAAGGAAGAACUCGCAAGGGAAGUGGAAGAAGCCACUCUAGAAGCGGAUAGGCGUGAAGUAGCAGUUUCUCAUGCCGCAGCGUCGUGGGACUUGAUGCAAAUUCGCGCAUCAAGCAAAGGUGGUCGUGGCAGCUCCUUCUCGGAUCUGGAGCAUGAGCUGCAAAGUAUCGAGAAGCUAUACAAGCUCUUGCAAGCUAAAGGCAAUCUGUACCAGGGUCUAGGCACUGAAAGUCUCCGGGGUGACGCUCAGAUCCAUCUACAAAAGCUACUAAAACAUGCUGUGCUUUUGAUCCAAGAUCGUCACUCUCAGAUCCGUGCUGGAGCUCCCAGGUUCUCUUUCCACAUUGAUCCGAAAAUCUACGACCAAGAAACUUUCAAUGCGAAUGGAAGUCACGAAGGAAGACGAACGACGCGAGGAGCGCAAAGAAUGCGAGUAGCAAGAGCUAAAGCCUCGUAGGGAAUGGACGAAGAACAGCCAUGGCUCUUCACGCUUUUACGAGAGUAGUUCUCUGCAAGACGCAAGUGAUCAUGUUUUAAAAUUGUC